AUGGGCAGGAUUAUUUUCUACGAGGACAGGAACUUCCAGGGCCGGUCCUAUGAGUGCAGCAGUGACUGCGCCGACAUCCACGUGCACAUGAACCGCUGCAACUCCUGCAGGGUGGACAACGGGUGCUUCAUGGUGUACGACCGCGCCAACUUCAUGGGUAAUCAGGUCUUCCUGAGGAGAGGGGAGUACCCAGAUUUUCAACGCAUGGGAAGUAUGAUGGGCAUGGGGAUGAUGGAUAACAUUCGUUCUUGUCGCAUGAUCCCUAUGCACAGAGGACAGUUCAGGAUGAGGAUCUACGAGAGGGAGAACUUCGGAGGCCAGAUGCACGAGCUGAUGGACGACUGUGAGUCUCUCCAGGAUCGCUAUUCUAUGUCGGACUGCCAGUCCUGCAACGUGAUUGACGGCCACUGGCUGAUGUUCGAGCAGCCCCACUACAGAGGCCGGAUGAUGUACGUGAGGCAAGGAGAGUACAGGAACCUCCGUGACAUGGGAACGAACAACUUCAUGAGAAUCAGCUCCAUCAGACGCAUCACGGAUAUGUGCUGA